GACGUGACCUCAAGAUAGCCCAAGAGGCCUCCUCCGUAGCCAUUUUGGCUCAAGGCUCCAGUGCCACUCGCGUGCCAGGCCCGACCCUGUUCUGCCCGUUCUCACAGGGAUGAUUCACGCCAGCGGCGCCAGCUUUGGCAGCGGCGGCGUGGGCACGGGCUAUCGCGGCGCGUAUGGCGCCGACGCGGGCUGCUGUGGCAGUGGCGCAGGUUACGGCGGCGCGUACGGCGGCGACGCGGGCUGCUGCGGCGGUUCGGCUGAUUACAGCUACGGCGGCGUUGGUGGCUUCGGCAUUGCGGGUGGCUGCCCACCCCAGACCCAAACCUACGUGGGGCCAGCUGGCGACUACGUGCAGGAGACAACGUACAGGUAUGUUGGCAUGGGGGCGAGCGGCCCGGAGGUACGGUCGGAGACGGUCAGCUCGAGCAUAUUGCCCCUACACCGCCGUGGCCCCAACUGCCUCUGCUUAUGCGUUAUCCCCUUUCUGCUGUCGCUGCUGUUGCUCCCGCUGCUCGGCUGGUUCCUGAUGGGCUCAACCAGCACAACGACGACGACCACUACGGUUCCCAUCACUACCCCACCACCGCUGCUGGCAAUGACGCCUCCGCCUGAUGUUCCCACGACGACCAAGAGAACGACCACCACCCAGGCGCCUCCGCCCCCACCCCCGCCCCCCCCGCCGCCGCCUCCGCCCCCCCCGCCUCCCCCGCCCCCACCGCCACCGCCAGUGACGACCACGGAGAAAAAGGUCGACUGCGCGGAGGGUGACCCGCCGUCUUGGGAGGUGUCCAAGAGGGUCACUUGCUGCUUGCAGGCAGGCAGAGGGUGCCCGACGACGCCGCCGCCGCCCCCGCCACCGCUCCCCCCGCCUAGGCCCGUGGCUCCGCCCCCACCACCUCCGCCGCCGCCUCCGCCAGCUCCUGUGGCGCCCCCACCGCCGCCGCCGGCUUCCGUGGCGCCGCCCCCGCCGCCGCCCGCUCCGGUAGCGCCGUCCGAGCCGUACGACUGUGGCGCCGGCUACUCGAAUUGGGAAGCGGGAUGGUCUGCGGACAAGAAAGGCUGGUGCUGCUCCAACAAGCAAGUGGGCUGCGUGGCGCCGCCGUCUAAGCCAUACGACUGCGAGGCUGGGUAUUCGAAUUGGCAGGCGGGAUGGUCCGAAGACAAGAAGACGUGGUGUUGCCGCAACGAGCAAAAGGGAUGCCCGGAGACCGCGUCCGAGCCGUAUGAUUGCAACGCUGGGUACUCGAAUUGGAAAGCUGGCUGGUCCCCGGACAAAAAGGUGUGGUGUUGUUCGAGCAAGUUGAUGGGUUGCCCAGAAGUUUCAUCCAAACCUUUUGAUUGUGACGCAGGGUAUUCCAACUGGGAGGCUGGAUGGAGCGAAGACAAGAAGGGGUGGUGUUGCACCAACGAGAAGAAGGGGUGCCGGCGGUGAGCUGGCAUGAGCAUCGAGGAAGAGCAGCAUAAAGUUUCGGGGAUUGUCGAGAAAUAUGUUUAUGCAAUUCAUUAUUCCUCUAAGCAGGUUCUUUGCGCAGUACAGUGUGCAAGCCGUGCGGGAAGCGAACUGUGUCCAUCGUGCCGCCACCUUUUUACGCGCAAAGCGCGAAGGAACGCGCGGGCGAUGCUUUCUGUUGGCUCGUAUCCAUUGGAGGACAGACAUGGGGGGCGUAGUAGUCCAAGCUUCCAUCGGCAUGGGCCUCGGAGGGGUGGACCCUCUCUCGAGGCAUGCGCCACCCCUCGGCAGGCAAAGGCACUUCGAGGUAUAGGGGCGUGCCGGAGUCGCGGGAGCGGAACGGGAGCGACAAGAA